AUGAAAAAGCCGUUCACCGCCUUGCGAAAGUCACACACUUACUCCGGCAUCGAAGAAAUUAUCGAACAUGAAAAACGCUACCCAGAUAUUCGAGACGAUUCCUUUGUCGCUGGCUUUAUGUUUCUGUACGGAAGUGCUAAGAUGUAUGAUCAUGCACGUAAACUGUUCGACGAAAUGCCUCAACUAGAUUGUCAGCGGAGUUUCUUUUCCUUCAAUGCCCUUUUGGACCGCUGCUUCAGAUCAGAGAGAUAUGAUGAAAUUGGCUUGCUGUUUCGUGAAUUACCUGAGAAAUUGUCAAUUGUGCCUAAUUUAAUGUCCUAUAACCUCGCGAUGAAGGCGUUGUGCAAGGCUGGUUCUUUGUAUUCUGCUGUGCUUUUGAUGGAUGAGAUUGAAGAGAUGGGAUUAAAACGAAUAUUUUAUAAUGUUAGAUUACGAGGUUUACUUAAAGUUACUGAGGUUUCAAAGGAGAUUCAGUUGUUCGAGGAGAUCGUUAACAAGGGUUUCAAACCGGACAAAUUCAGCUACAAUAACAUGAUAAAAACGUAUGUUGAUGAGAGGAAUUUGGAGCAGGCUGAUAUGUGGUGUCAGAAGAUGGUGCAAAAUGAUUGCCUGCUGGAUACUGCAACGUUUCAUAUGCUUAUUCCUUUGGCUUGUGACACAAAAAGAUUUGAUUUUGCGCUGCAUUUGUGCAUGAAAGCUAUCGAUUCACAAGUACUUGUUUAUAGAGAUAAAAUGCAGAGAGUUGUUGUUGGCUUAGUUCAGCAUUCUAAGAUUGAAAAUGCAGAGGAGCUGGUUGAGUUGGCCAAGUCUUGUAAGAAAUUCCGGUGUGAGCUUUCGUUGCCUUUGCAUAACUAG